AUGAUGCAGACUAUCGGUAGACUCGGCAGGCUGCGAGCCUAUCCCGUCUCAGCCAUCGUACCGAGCACGUCAACACUGCAAGGCCACAGGAUCGUCUUACCGCCCGCCCAAGCUGACCUCCCUCCCCUCCGAGAACGGACCUCAACGCGACUGAUUGCAAAGGCAUACGAAAGGGCAGGCCUGCCGUCUACGGAGGAACUCAUGUUGCUCGAUGAGAACGCGGCGAUAGAGAGAGCUCGAUCGGAUGAGAGAGUGUUGCCGCCUAAUUUGAGGAUAGAGCGUUAUGUGCCCAAGCAGCAGAAGCACAAGCACUUUGACCGAUCCCAGUUCGAGCUGUUGCGCAAGCUCGAGCGAGAAUAG